AUGAAAAGCUCUACAACGCCCAAGAAGUCUUCUUUGGCUCAGAAUGAAGGGAAGGGAGGGUCAAUUGAGUGGUCAUUUGUUGGUGCAGACCAAUUGAUUUCAAUGAUGAAGGUCCAUAAGAAGAUCUUUGUCUUUAGGGAUAUCAUGGACCUUGCUCCUAUGAAUAGUUCUGCUUCCUUGCAUGAGAUGAUUAUUACAACCUUGGAAGACCUUCAAAGGCUUUACCCGGGGAUCAUACCAAGCAAAAAAGUCUCAAAUAUCCAGGAGAAGCCUAUAGAUCAGGGUCUUGCCUACUUCUGCGAGGCAUUAAAAUCUCUCGGAGAAUCUUGGAUUAACAAUGAUUGUAUGGAAAAACACAGUUAUGAGUUACCAUCGUGUAAAGAUAACACCAAUAUGCGGCAACUGGGUGAAACUAUGUCGACCACUCUUGAUUGUUUGAUUAAGAUUGCGAGUGAGAAGUUUGAUAUUAUGGAAGAAGAUGAUUCAAAAAAAGUUACACCCAAUAAUUCCUUUUCAGAUAUCACUUAUUCCCCUGUCACACCAAAAUCUGUCCUCUCAGAAUCCAUGAUCCCAAGAUAUUCUAGUGCCCUUCCACUUUGGUCUCUAGGAAGCCAAGCUGUGAGAAAGCUUAACCCAAUUGAUUUAAAGCGUUUAUCUUACCACACACCACCACGCAUGCAAACCCACAAGAUAGAGAAGGAACCAACUAUAAACAUGGACAUAAUUGAUCAAAAAGCUGAAAAUCCUGGAAACAACAUAUUACAAGAUAUAGUUCUUCACUUGGACACUGUUAGUGAUCAUGGAAAAACAUGUGAUAAUCCUCGAGCAAUGGAAAAUGUGGAGACACUUUCAGUAUCUCCCAAACCAUUAGAAACACCUACCCAGCAACAAAAAGCACCAAGGUUGUUAUCAUCAUCAUCGUCACCGUCACCAUCACCAUCACCAUCACCAUCAUCACCUCCGCCCCCACCCCCACCCGUUCCCACAACAUAUACUAUCCCAUCACCACCUCCAACGUCAACACCACUAGUGCUGCAGCCAAUUGUGACACUACCUCCGCCACCACCACCACCACUGCCUCUGAGCUCAAGUUUAGUAGUUCCACCACCACCACCAGUUCCAUUCAAAAGUGGACCAGCUCCGGCACCUCCACCUGGAGCAGGGAGAUCCUUGCGCCCUAAGGCAACUACCAAACUGAAAAGAUCAACACAAUUAGGCAACCUGUAUCGAGCUCUCAAGGGAAAAGUGGAAGGAUCUAGCUUCAAAGGCAAAUCAUCCGGUGGGAGAACCAGUGCAAUUGGAGCAGGAAUUAGUGGGAAACAAGGAAUGGCUGAUGCUCUAGCAGAGAUGACAAAAAGAUCAUCUUACUUCCAACAAAUAGAAGAAGAUGUUCAGAGGUAUACAAAGCAGAUCAUAGAAUUGAGAUCUGCUAUUACCAAUUACAAGACAAAGGAUAUGACAGAACUUGUUAAAUUCCAUAAAGAUGUUGAAUCCGUUCUUGAGAAUCUAACUGAUGAGUCACAAGUCCUAUCUCGAUUUGAAGGCUUUCCCUCGAAGAAGUUAGAAGCUAUAAGAAUGGCAACCGCGCUUUUUCUUAGGUUGGAUUCAAUUCUUACGGAGCUUCAAAAUUGGAAUAUAGUGUCUCCUGUGUGCCAGUUCCUUGACAAGGCUGAACGAUAUUUCAACAAGAUAAAAACAGAAUUAGAUUCUUUGGAGCGAACCAAGGAUGAAGAAUCCAAGAAAUUUAGAGGCCAUAACAUCGAAUUCGACUUCCACAUCCUCAUAAAAAUCAAAGAAGCCAUGGUGGAUGUUUCCUCCAAUUGCAUGGAGCUAGCACUAAAGGAGAGGCGCAAUGAUGCUGCUACCAGAGAUUCACGAUCAAACAUUGGAGAUGGAAAGAGAAAAGAACACGGUAAGUUGCUUUGGAGGGCUUUCCAAUUCGCAUUUCGAGUCUAUACAUUUGCUGGUGGACAUGAUGAUCGUGCUGACAAACUGACAAGAGAAUUGGCUAAGGAAAUAGAGAAAAAAGGGUUUCUUGGCGAUGACGGAGAAAUAGAAGUUCCCCAUGUUCUCACGGUUAGCAGAGAACGGGAUGUUAAACCAACCGUUCACACCAUAAAGGAGAACCUUAAUGAGCACGAUCCCUUGUCUCCAGGAGAUGUGCCACAUGCUACAGGCCAUGUGGUCGCUGAAAACAUCGAUAGUUUAUUGGUGAAAAGGUAG